UAUCAUAAACAAACAAUAACAUAGAGAAACAAAAACCAACUGCACAUUUUAUGGACGAAUCAAACUCAUUUGCUUGUGGAAGUCAGAUGGACCUUGGGUGAGGUUAAGAGCAGUCCAGUCUAAUCCUCAUCAGCCUCAGCUAAAGCCAAAAUAAAUCACAAAAUAAAACGCUUAAAGCCAUUAAACCUUUUCAAAUAAGAACCCACACACACACUUACAAACACCAAGUCAUUCAAUUGCAUUCAUAAUACGCACACAACCACAUAGAGCAUGAGCCUUUGGAAACGCAUUUCCAGCCAUGCGGACUGUGAGCAACGCAUGGCGGCUUAUUACGAUGAGAAGGGUCUGUUUGACCUUCGACUCUGCUUGGCGCCCUGGAUCGAAGAUCGCAUAAUGUCCGAGCAAAUCACACCAAAUUCAACGGAACAACUUGAACGCAUUGCGCUCAAAUUCAACGAGGAUCUGCAACAAAAACUUUUGUCAACACGCACAGCCACCGAUCAGAACUUAAAGUAUCGUGUGGUCGAGCUUUGUGCCCUCAUUCAGCGUACCCCAGCCCUUGAGCUGUAUACACAUCUGCGUAGCGGAUUGCAAAAGGAACUGCAAUUCGUGACCGAACAAAGCGUGGCGGCCACUGGGGGUCAAUCGAUGCCGCUGAAUCCCUACAAUAUGAAUAAUCCAGCGGCUAUGGCUGCUGCUGCUGGCUUUAUCAACGAUGGCAGUCAACUAAUGGACAGCAGUAGCAAUGGCGGCGGAGGUUUUGUCGCUGGUGGUGUCCCAGUUGUCGGUCCCGGUGCAGCCACUCCAUCAAUGGGCGGCGGCGGUGGUGGUGGUGUUGUUAUGGGCCAUAAUGCUACUCCCGCCCCGGCUGUGGGCAUGGGUGUCGUUAAAAUGGAACUCUAUGAUUUACAUCAACAGAUCAUGCAGGCAUAUAACGACUUCUCUAGCAUUGGCAAUCCCCUGAAAAUGAUGGUACACACCUAUGAGUGCAUGAUCCAGGUGACAGGUGCACAGAAAGCCGAUCUAAUGCGUAGUGUGAUUGAGCAGAAGGCAAAUAUUGUUUGCCAUUUGCGUCGCAGUUUUAUGUAUUACGAGGCUCUGCAGGAAAUGGCCGUAACAGAGUUAAAAAAUUGGCGUCGCCAGCAAGCUCAGGCCGGCAAUGGGGCAUCCUUCAAUGAGAAUAUGCUUGACGAAAUUCAGCGUUGUUUCGGUAUCUUGGAAUCGUUUGUGUGCCUGCUAUUGGAGGCAGUCAAGCAGGUCCGAAUGAUGGAAGAAGAUCAAGAGCUAAAAAUUUUCAUGGAGACAAUACAGGUGGCUCAAAAGAAUUUGGUCUGUUCGGCUUUUAUUGUUGAUAAGCAGCCGCCACAGGUGAUGAAGACGAAUACACGUUUUGCAUCUUCGGUACGUUGGCUAAUUGGCUCCCAGCUGGGCAUACACAAUAAUCCACCAACGGUUGAGUGCAUCAUCAUGUCAGAGCAACAAGCCCAACGUUUUGUCACUCGUGGAUCACAUAUGGAUGUGAUUAACAAUAGCAUGUCGAAUCAAUCGUCUGGCGAAAUACAAAACUGCUCCAGUACCAUGGAAUAUCAGCAGAAUCAAAUAUUCUCCGCCAGUUUUAGAAAUAUGCAGCUUAAGAAAAUCAAACGGGCCGAAAAAAAGGGCACCGAAAGUGUGAUGGAUGAAAAGUUUGCACUCUUUUUCUAUGCUACAACCACAGUUGAUAGCUAUCAGAUACGCGUGUGGACUCUAUCGCUGCCCGUGGUUGUUAUCGUGCAUGGAAAUCAGGAGCCACAAUCCUGGGCCACCAUCACCUGGGAUAAUGCAUUCGCAGAUAUUGUACGUGAUCCGUUUGUGGUCACCGAUCGUGUGACAUGGUGUCAGCUCUCUAUAGCCCUCAAUAUUAAAUUUGGUUCCUCCACACAACGACCGCUGACAUCCGAGAAUUUGGAAUUUCUUUUUGAAAAACUUCAGCGCGAUAAUAUUAGCGGAGAACGAAAUGAUUGCAUUUCGUGGAAUCACUUUUGUAAAGAGCCUCUGCCAGAUCGUGCAUUCACUUUUUGGGAAUGGUUCUAUGCCAUUAUGAAACUCACCAAAGACCAUUUGCUGGGCAUGUGGAAGGCGGGUCGCAUUACCGGUUUUAUUAGCAAGGCUAAAGCACAGGAUGAUCUAAUGCGUGCCACAACAGGAAUAGGCACAUUUUUGGUUCGCUUCUCCGACAGUGAAUUGGGUGCCGUAUCUAUUGCCUAUGUUAAUGAAUAUGGUGUGGUUGUCAUGCUAAAGCCAUGGACAUCCAAAGAUUUCCAUAUUAUUAAUUUGGCCGAUCGUAUACGAGACUUGGACCUGCGUUACCUGCAUCCGACAGACAUCAAUGUGUUGCCCCUAGAGCGUGAUAUCGCAUUUGGUGAAUUCUAUACACCGCGAGUUGAACCAGCACCGAGACCCGAUGGCUAUGUGCCCAGCACGAUACGCGUUCAGGUGCGUGCCGCUGGUGGAGAGAAUGGUUCGAUUGCCGGAACACCUCAUCAUCCAAUGCAAUCACCGCCGCAGAACGACAUGACUGGGAUGGGAAAUGGUAAUAAUGAUUUUGCCAUGGCGGACUUUGAUGCGAUGCAGAACUUUGACUAUACUAUAUAAACUAUGAAGCAUAUAUAUUAUAUAUAUCCAAUAUAUGAAUAGAUAUAUAUGUAUAAUCUAUAUAUAUAUACAAAGAAUUUUAUGUAUAAACAACUACGAUAUAAACAAUUAAUGGAGUGCCGCUACCAUGGAUGUUAGAGCAACGAGACUUUUUGUGGAUCAUCAUUUUAAAAUUAAUCCCGAAAAUGUUUUUAUUCAAUGUUUUUUUAAGAAUGUUUUGGAUAUAUACAUCAUGAUGUUGUGGCAUGUUUUCUUUGCAUUUGUGAAACGCCAUACAAAAACAACAACUACAACUUAAGCAAUGCAUGCAAUUAAUUGUUUGACUUGAAAACAACAACAACAACACACACACACACACACACAAAACACACACCUAACUAGCCACAUCAUAUCCGCACUCCAAACCCCCCUCAGCACAUGCCCUCUGAACUAUUAGAACUAUUUUAGAAUGUAUGUCUGAACUGUGCAUUAAAAUAUUUUCAUAUUUCUUUUUUUUUGUUUUUAUAGAAUUUCUUUUGUAAAAUGUGUAAACUUUUGAAAUGUUUCUGUAUAUCGAUUCAAAUCUUUUUGUUCGCCAUUGUUCUUGAACAUGGUUUAAUUUUAAUUAUCUUAUCUACUUAACUAAUUGACAAGGAUAUCAGUUUUUAGUAGUUACAUAUUAUUUGUUGAAUCUAAAUUUUUUGAUUUUUAUUUUAAUUUUAAUUGAACUUACUUUUAGAUAUGUGUAUGUACGUACGAUUCAUGGUUAAGUGAAAUUAAGAGCGAAUGAAACGAAAAGCAGCAAAGCGAUGAAUGGUUUCAGUUUAAAUUCUGAUAAUUUUAGUUACUAUUAUUAUUUUUAAUGUAUUUCUAUAUAAUGUGUGAAAUGCUUUAUGUAAAAAGUAAAACAAAACAAACAAAAAAAAAAACAAAACAAAAAACGAAAAAUAAGAAAUCAAAAUGUGAAUCCUCGUUUUUUUUUUUUUUAAUUAUUGCUUCCAUGCUGAAAAUGCGUAAAUCUUAUUAAUAUAUGUAUGUAAAUUUCCCUUUUUUGUUUGAUUCAAGGCAACGUUGUUUUGCACAGCAUUACAAAUGCGUUCAAUAUGGUCAAUAUUAAUAUAAAAUAUAUAUAUAUGUAUUAUGUAUAUAUAAAUAUAUACGUUUUUGCCUUUAGUCAUUUAACGAAGCACAGAAAAUACUAUUGAUAAUAUCAACUACAAAACUAUUUUUUGUAUACACUUAAGAGCUUGUAACGUGAAACUUUUAGAAUUUUAUAAAAUCUAAGUACAUAAUAACCACCAACACAAAAGAAAAACAAAAAUAAAUCAUUAAACAUUUGAAAAACAAACACACAAAAACGAAGCAAAUGGAUAACGAAACACAAAACCGAACCAUCUUAUUUACGAAUAUUCGAAAAACAAAAAGAAACACUCAAUGUGUGUACGUAAUGUCAUUUUAUGUGAAUGUUUUACUUAUAAAGAACUUUUAUGGACACAUUCCCAUUUUUACACACACACACACACACACAUACACACAUAGAGACACGAAGAGAAGAUGAUAUUGAGAAUGGCUGAAUGUAUGUAUUUAAAUGUUUACACAUCUAUAUAUAUAUAUAUAUAUAUAUUUGAAUUAUAUACUGCAAAUGUAUGUAAGAAAGUAAGAGGGGAAUAAACUAUAGAACUAUUCUUGUCAAAAUGGCCAAUAAAGAUUUUGAAUGUAAAAGCAACUAAAAUAUGAAA